AUUCUGUCCCUCCUGGAGAGGGUCAUGUUGGGAGGUAUGAUUCAGAUGUUGGGAUUACAAUGACCCUCACACACAUCAGUCUUCUGUCAGAAGAGAAUGCAUGUGUAUAAGCAUUACGGUUUAUACUGGAAACAAGUGCAGCCGCUUACUGGAAUCACCAUGCAGCUUCUAGGCUUAUGGACUCUGCUUCUGCUAACUUCCACCUGCUAUGGGGCGGAUAACAUCACUACUGUGUACUCUGGACUUGUGGCUAACCCCAUGUCUACAUCUGUGGUGAUAGCACUACCUUCUGCGUGCCAAUACUCACUGAAGAGUGCCACACUUUACGUUAAUGGCCCCACGAAUGCAACUUAUUCAUUUACAGUGCCGCAGUGUCGUCUGAAGCGUGACCUUAUUGUCCUUAAUAAUAACUCUCAGUCCGGUAACUUGGGCACAGUCAAUGUGGGUUACCAAAUUCAAGACUUGAAACCCAGCAGCACAUACACUGCAUAUUAUACGGUUGGAUCUGACACUUUUACUCCAGUCACCUUCACUACGGCAAAUGGAUUUUCAGGUAUGCCACCAGUGACCUUUGCGCGCAGCGGCGGGAUGGUAGUGAUUACAGUUAUAUUGUCUGUCGCAAUGUUAUUGCUCGUUGUUGGACUAAUCACUGUUCUUGUAUUGGGCGGACGGAGCACAAAAUAAGUGUCUAUGAUGGAUUCCUGUGAGGGUGAACCCCUUCCUUAGCAGAGAUAAACUCACAUGAAAUCCAAUCACUGUUAAGAGUUUUGUUAGAUAUAUGUAUAAAGUAAACCCAGGUCAGUUUAUGUGUCUGUAAAUAGUGAUUUUUUUAAAUCUGUUUCUCCAUCUUCUAAAAACCUCCUUAUAAAUAACUAUACUAUAUAUAGAAAUGAAGAGCAACGUUGCUUACACUGUGUUUUAGUAUUUUAGACUUUGAUAGGGGUCUUGUUAUAAUAAAUAUGUUUAAGACAAA